UCCGGAGAAGUUUGUGAAGGGCUUCCGGGGCCGCCGGUCACAAGUUCAUCUGGAUUCCUUCCUGCCGAAGAUCUGUCCUGAAAAUUGAAGGGAACUGAAUUUUCUCUUAGAGGAAUUUCUGGCUUAACAGUUUAUCAAGAUGAUUGCUACACCUUUGAAACAUACAGAAUUUCACUUAUCUUCAGAGACAUCUUCUCAAAGGAAAAAUACACCUAUGGAUGCAGUCUUUUUUGAUAACAUUCCUUCAGGCACACUUACGCCUAUGAAAGAUUUGGUGAGAUAUCAGAACUCUUCUUCAAAAUUGGAUAGGCAUAAAAAGAACAAGUUCCUAGAAAAGAAAGUUUUUGAUAAUAAAAACAUACUCCAAUCAACCAUGCUGGCAGAGGCCACCACCUCCAACAGUUCUCUUGAUAUCAGUGUUAUAAAACCCAACAGGGAUGAAUUUAAAGAUAAAGCAAACUAUGAAACACCAGAAAAAGCAUUUCAAAGAAUGAAAGAAAAAAUACUGCGUGAAAAACAAGAUCAAGUAUCCAGAAAUCAUUUAUUGAAAACACCAAUAAGUGAAAAUAAUAAAAUUUUCACUCCUAAUAGAGCUGAGAAAAGAAUAUUGCGGCAUACCUACCUCUGUGAAGAAAAGGAGAACAGAUCAUUACACUCAGGUAAUAGUUCUCUAGAAAGCUUACUCCAAAAUGUUCGUCUAGAACCAUCAAAUAUUUUCCUUUCUGCCGAGCAAAAGAUUAAAUGUCAACAGCAAAAAAAGUCACCUCUUCAUAAUUUAACUCACGAGCUUUCAAAUCUGAACCCAGAACAUGGUAAAGUUUCAGCUGUAGGAGUCUCCAACAAGGCUCAGUUUGCCAAACAAAUUCUUCAUUCAAAGGAGAACACAGUUGCAACCACUGAGCUCAAAAAGAAUACAUUUGUUUUAGAAAGUGUUGAUUCUGUCUGUGAAAAAUCCCUAAAUACUACUGUUCAGACUCUGAACACUAAUUCUGUUUCUGGGGAAAAUGGAGUUGAAUCAGUGGUUUCUGAAAGCAAUGUGACAACAAAAGGGGUUUCACUACAGACAACUAUGGAACAAAAUGAAAAAAGAAAACCUAGGGAGACUGACCUUCCAAGUACUGUGAAUGAUACAUGUAAAAUUGUGCUUGCAACUGCAAAAAGUCAUAUAAAAAUCCCUGCAAAGUCUAAAAGAAAUGCCACACAGCUUUCUCCUCUAAGUAUAAUUACAAAUGGAGUUACAAAGAAUAAGGUAGUCCAGCUAAAAGAAUGGAUAAUUAAAAUCAUCAAUAAUAACACUGCUAUAUGUGUUGAAGGAAGAUUAAUGGACAUCACUGACAUGUAUUGGCACAGUAAUACUAUUAUAGAACGAAUUGAAUACAACAAAGUUAGGACUCUUUCUGGAAACAUUUAUAUAUUAAAAGGAAUCAUAGACAAAAAUGCCAUGAGAGAAGAAGGAUAUCCAAAUUAUCUCAUAAGGAAGUUUAUGUUUGGAUUUCCAGAAAAAUGGAAAGAGUACGUUGAUAAUUUUCUAGAGAAAUUAAGGAUGUGUGGAAAGAAAGGAGGAAAGGCACAACAAAAGCAGAAAACUGGAAGAUUUCUUUCUGACACUCAAGAAUCAGUGAAAAAUCGGACAGGAGAAAACCAAUCAGCUGUGCUCCAAAGAGCCCACACCACUUAUGAUCUUGAUUGUGAUCACUUGGAACAGAAGAAUUGUAUGCAAAGUAGGUUGCCAGGAAAUACAGAAUUAAAUGUUUGCUGUAAAAAUCAUCAUACUAAACCAGUAAUGCUCUUGGGUGAUCAGAUCAAUAAUACUGUUCAAAAUAGAGAAGAAUAUGACUUAUCUGAUCAGGAAUUACUUAGAAAAAAGAAAUCUCAAACUUUGUCUUCAAAUAAGUUCAGAAAUCAUGAAAGAAAAACAGAUGAAAGGAUAAUUAAAAGUCAGAGGCAAGAGUACUCUGAAGACUCAAAUAUGUCCAUGGAUAUUCUAACUUCAAGGGUACAGUGUUUCUCAGAGAAAGGAAGGAAAGAUUUGACUCUUAAGCAUAAGGAACCUUAUCUUUUAGUAACACCACUUAAAUCUAAGAAGAUGAUACAGCAAAAGUGCACGGAGUAUAAUCUGUCCUCUAGCACCAUGAAAGCAGUUAUAGAUUUUGUACUACAAAAAGACAUCAAAAAGGAACAUCAAAAAGAAAACAAAUCAGACUUAAAUGAAACAACAAACUUGGUCAGGAAGUCCAAUACUCAAGACACAUUUAUGUAUAGCAUGGAACAUAAAGAUAAGGAAGAGAGCAGCAUACGUGAUAUUCUCACUAUUGAGCAGAAUAUAACUAUAUCUAAUCUUAAAAAGGAACAAAUGAUAACCUCCGAUCUAGGAAAAAAUACAGUGUACUUAUCAAAAUCAAAGAAAACUGAAAAUCAAGUAACUGUGUCACUCAGCAGUCAACAGUCCUCAUCAGAUUUGUCUACUGAAGAGAGAGAAACUGAAAAGGAAAUUAGAAGGAGAACUAGGGUUAUUAAAACCAGAGGAACAAGUAGCAAACAAACAUCAGUUCACCUGAGAAAAAACACAGCACAUGCUACAAAGAAAAUCUCGGUGCUAUCUGAAUCUGAAUCAGAAGAAAGUGAAACUGAAGACCAUAUCAAACAAAAGAAAGCUAAAUAUUCUGCCAAAAAAACUCUUCAAAAAUCUUGUAUUACAAAUAAAUUUCCAGUCAUUAAACCCACAAGCUGUGAUAAGACUGAUAGACAUUCCCUAGAAUGUUCAUCUAGUGUAAAUCAGAAUGAGGAAUGGAAUGAAAAGGAAUUACAGAAACUUCAUUGUGCUGUUGCAUCUCUUCCAAAGCAUAAACCUGGUUUCUGGUCAGAUGUAUCAAUGGCUGUAGGCUCUCGAUCUGCUGAAGAUUGCCAGAGGAAAUACACAGAAGAUUCCCAAAGAAAAGGAUCGAAGAAACAUGUCACUGAGAAACGGCCAGUCAACCUCAAAGGCCAAAAAGGCAAGAAAGCUGAUGCUGAUAAGAAGCAAACUAUUGAGAUAACUGCUAAAGUGGGAACUCUUAAAAGGAAGCAGCAGAUGAGGGAUUUUCUGGAACAUAUGCCAAAAGAUGACCAUGAUGAUUUUUUCAAUGCAACACCUUUACAAAAUAAACGAGUACUGUUACCAAGUUUGCUGGUUAGUCAAGAGGAUGAUAUUCUGCCAGAAAUGGACAGAAAUUCAACAUCUCCAUCAUCAAUUAUCUUUCCAUUGGCAAAAACGCCUACAUGUCAGCAUGUCAGUCCUAGUAUGCUGGCCACUGUAAAGAGGGGCGAUUGUGAUAAAUAUGUUUUUCACAUGCAAAAAAAUCAUAAAAAUAAAGGUGGCAUUGUCUGGGGCAAUGUCAAGAAAAAAACAGUUGGAACUAGUUUUUCAGCACCCAGAAGAAAGACCAUGUUUAAUCAAGAAUUGGGAGAAAACUCUGGUAUUGGAAAACUUUUCACGGAUGCUAUGGAAUCUUUAGAUGAAGAAGAGAAAGAUUAUUAUUUUUCAGACUCUGAUUCUACACAGUAAAAAUGGAUAUAUAUAGCUACAAUUUUCACUCAAGAAACAAUGUAACUGUCUCUUUAUUUGAAGUACAUACAUGUAUUUUGAUGUUUUGCUUUUAUAUAAUCGGAUUACUGCUGUAUAAUUUGCAAAAAAGUUCACAUAUUCAUGAUGUAGUUUCACUUGAAGUUGAUUCCCUCUCAUAGUCUGUAUUAUAGUAAGAUAAUUUCCAUUGCAGCUUACUUAAAAUAUAAGAAAAUUUGUUAGAUAAUUGUACAUUUGUUUUUACAGUAAUAAAACUUAGAUGUCUCUGUAUGAUCGUCUUAAGUCUGCUUACUUUUUGUUUUUUGGGGACAUGCCUCUUAGUACUUCAGCAAUACUCCUGGCUCUCUACCAGAUUGCUUCCUGGUAGUACCUAAGGGAUCCUUUGAGGUGCCUGCAUUCAAACAGUGGUUAGCUGCAUGCAAGGCAAGCACCUACUUACUAUACAAUCUUUUUGGCCCCUCCAUCAGUUUUCUUUAAGAAAAUCAUGUCCCAAACAAAUUAGUAAGUUUUGAAAGGUCAAAGUUAUUGCCCAGCAACAGAUCACUUACCUUGUAAGUAUGAAGCCUUCGGUUUGAUGCCCAGCACAAAAAAAGAAGAGUUAUUUUCAAGAAAGUGUUGCAUUUCAUUUGGAAAAGAAUAAUUGUACUUGUGGCUGCUGAAUUCAUGAAACUUUACAUGUAUUACUACUGUUCAGGACCACUUGGUAUAUGUCAGAGUUGACCUAAUGUUUAAAUGACAUGUUUUCAUAUUUUUAAACUUCCCCUUUUUAAAUUUUAUUUGAUUUUUGGGCCACAUAGGCUGUGCUCAGGGCCCAUAUGUUUGAUGUGUCUUUUCUUGGUAGCCUUUCUUAAUACUUGUGACAUCUGUAUGAAACAAAUGUGUGUGCUGGUUUUUUAUUUUAAUACUGGGUAAAGUCAGAGAAUAGAUUCAAUUGCUCUUUAAAGCUAUAAUUUACAUUUAUAAAAAUAAUUUGGAAGUUUAGACAAACAAUGACAUGAUCUAUCAUUAUAAGAAGCUUGGUGAAUAAAUAUAGCAUGCAGAGUAAACACUACUUUCUUUCAUGUAGUAUUUUUAGAAAUAAAAUUUUCGCUUAUUCUACCAUUGAGUUUUAAAUUUUGACACUGGAUUUGUUCUUAGGGUUAAUUUACCAUUCCAGUUAGGUUAUCUAAGUGUAGCUUGCUCUUAUAAUCUUGGGCUUUUUCUUUUUUAAAUCAUUGAAAACAGAAGAAAUAUUUACAUUUUGUUUAAUAUUUAGUACCUAUCAAUGAUUUUAUAUUUAUACAGCACUGAUAAAAAUACAAGGUAUUGUUGGUUUUUUUUAUUUUUUGUUUUGUUUUGGGGCCACCCCUCAGCAGUGAUCAGGGCUUAUUCCUGGCUCUGUACGGGGCAUCGAGUCCAGGUCACUCAGAUCAAAAGCCUUCCUAAGCUAUUAGUAGUGUCACAUGGUAACAAUGGAUCACAAAAUCGUCAUCUGCACUAAAAAUUAAUCUAAACCAAAAGCAAAUAUUUUGUAUGUGAUGUUUUAAAAACAAAAAUCAUGUAGGCAUGAGUUCAUACUAACAGAUUAUGACUGGACUUGAUGGGGAUACCUUUGUUUAGAUAAGCAUAUUCAUUUAAAUUAUUUAAGUGAAGGAGAGGACUCAAGUGAUAGGGCAUGCACGUGCUUUGCUGUAUAAGCUCCUGGAUUCAAUUUCUGGUAAUACCCCACCUCCAUAACAACUGGGGACUGGGAAAACAAACUUUAUUUUCUACUUAGGUACUUCCUAGAGUUCUUCUCUCAUAACACACCUACCAUCUACACCUUAUCCAACUUGUUUAUAGUC